AUAACUCAGAAAGUUAGAAAUCAAAAACAUAAAUCUUAAAUCUUAAUAUUAUAUAUCAAUUGUUUCUAUUACAAAACUCUAAAGUUGAUGUCAGAUGUAUUGAUAAUCAUUAACUAACCACUGGGUAUUAAGUACAAUUAUUAAUAAUUACUGAAAUACUAAUUUAAUAAUAUUAAAAUAAAUUACACUAACAUUCAUUGUGAUAAAACCUAAAAUGACCUUUACUGCUCUAAUGGCCAGAAAUAUUCAAAAAUGUUUCAAAUAUAUAAUGGUUCCACAGAAUAUCAGACAAAUGUCAUCAAAACUUGCCGAAGCAGACUUAAAAGUAACUGAUGAUUGUGUAAAACGCCUUGAAGCUAUUUGUGACAAAGAUGAAUUCCUCCGUCUAAGUGUUGAAAGUGGUGGCUGUUCUGGAUAUCAAUACAAGUUUGAAUUAGAUACAAAUAUUGAAAAAGAUGAUUGUGUAUUAGAAAAGCAAGGUAUUCGGAUAGUGGUGGAUACAACUUCCUUAAAUUAUAUCAAAGGAUCAACGAUUGAUUAUGAACAACAGUUAAUCAGAGCUGCUUUUAGAUUAAUAAAGAAUCCAAAAGCAGAAGAUGGAUGUUCUUGUGGAGCGUCAUUUGCAAUAAAAAUUGACUGAAUAUAUUUUAGUUACUUGUGUAUUUAGUGUAAAUAAUAUAAUAUUAUAUGUUAUACCUUAUUGUUGAAUUUUGUUAUGUGUUUUUAAUAUUAAAAAAUAGUAUUUUUUAAAUGCAUACAUCACCAUUUUGUUUUACCUUAGUGAUUAAACUAUUAAUACUAAGAUUAAUAAUUAUGAACUUCAUUAU